AAUCAUCGGUGCAACAAUCUCUAUAAAUGUCCUCGUCCUUCACCACACCCAAUUCACCCCCAAAUCCAUAAACACCUCUCCCCCUUCUUAUCACCAUGGCUGAGCCGCCGCCGCCACCGCUCCCGGACUUUUCGCAGUCGGUGAAGCUCAAGUACGUGAAAUUGGGGUACCAAUACCUAGUGAACAACUUCCUCGUAUUCCUCCUCGUCCCCGUCAUCGUCGCCCUAACCCUAGAACUCAUCCAUAGCAACCCUCAUGACCUAAUCCACCUAUGGAACUCCAUGCAAUUCACAUCGCUCCACAUUUUAUGCUCCUUCUUCCUCAUCAUCUACACCCUCACCUUCUUCCUCAUGUCCCGCCCCCGCCCCAUCUACCUCGUCGACUACGCCCUCUUCAAGCCCCCCCGCAGCUUCCGCGUCUCCUUCGGCGGCUUCAUGGAGCACGCCCGCAUCGUCCUCGCCGAUGAGCCCAAAUCCGUCCAUUUUCAGAUGAAAAUCCUCCAACGCUCCGGCCUCGGGGAGGAAACCUGCAUUCCACCAGCGAUGCAUUUCAUCCCUCCGCGGCCGACUAUGCAGCUCGCCAGAGAGGAGGCCGAGCUAGUUAUCUUCUCGGCUAUGGAUUCGCUCUUCCAAAAAACCGGCCUCAAGCCGAAAGAUGUCGAUAUUUUGGUGCUCAAUUGUAGCUUAUUCUCGCCGACGCCGUCUCUCACGGCGAUGGUGAUAAACAAGUACAAAAUGAGGAGCAACAUCAAGAGCUUCAAUCUCUCCGGGAUGGGGUGCAGCGCCGGCUUGAUCUCGGUAGAUCUGGCCAAGGAUCUGCUCCAGCGAUAUCCGAAUUCGAACGCGGUUGUGAUCAGCACUGAGAUCCUCACCCCGAACAGCUACCUAGGGAAGGAGAGAGCCAUGCUCCUCCCAAAUUGCCUCUUCCGAAUGGGCGGCGCCGCCAUCCUUCUGUCCAACCGCAGCGCCGAUCGCCGCCGCGCCAAGUACCGCCUGGCGCACGUGGUGAGGACGCACAAAGGCGCCGACGACAGAGCGUACGGAUGCGUGGCGCAGGAGGAGGAUCCGGAAGGACACAUCGGAAUCAAGCUGAACAUAGAUCUGAUGACGAUCGCCGGCGAAGCUCUGAAAUCGAACAUCACCACGAUCGGGCCGCUCGUCCUCCCCGCAUCGGAGCAAUUACUCUUCGCAUUCUCCUUAAUCAGGCGAAAAUUCUUCAAUUCGAAAUCGAAGCCGUACAUUCCCGAUUUCAAGCAGGCGUUUGAGCAUUUCUGCAUCCACGCCGGCGGAAGGGCGGUGAUCGACGAGCUGCAGAAGAGCCUCCGCCUGACAAACGAGCAGGUGGAGGCGUCGAGGAUGACGCUGCAUAGAUUCGGAAACACAUCGUCGUCAUCGCUGUGGUACGAAUUGAGCUACAUUGAAUCCAAGGGGAGGAUGAAGAAAGGGGAUAGGGUUUGGCAGAUCGCAUUUGGGAGUGGAUUUAAGUGCAACAGCGCGGUUUGGAAAUGUAACCGGACGAUCAAGGCGCCGAUGGAUGGGCCGUGGGCCGAUUGCAUUCAUAAAUAUCCGGUUCACAUUCCUGAAGUGAUUAAGAUUUAGGUUUUUUAUUAUGAAAUUAAUUAUAUUUAGUGCCCUAUGUUUAGUGGAUUUUAUUUGUUCUCGGAUAUGCUUUCCAAUUCCAUUAUUGAUGUACGACGUUUCCGGAUUUAUGUGUUUCCAAAUGAAAUUGAUGCUUUUGGUAUGA